GCAGAGGACCCGGGACUAAGAGGGAGCCGCAGCGCCAGCGCCAGCGAGGCAGGGAGGUGGAUCUUAGUGCGGGAAGCUCAGCGACCCUCUUCACCAUUGAAGGUGUGCAUCGCUGGGCUCUGCGGAGCUUGGCGGGAAGAAGAGGCUCAAAGCAACAGGUGCAACCUCAAGGCACUGAAAGCAAGGGGACGCAGCUCACAAGGGCCAAGGGAUUGAACCCAUAACCGCUCAGAAGAUUCUCCGCCUGCGGAGAGCUGCGGAGGAGUCCCACCCGUCCAGCUUGCUGACUGCGAGCAGUGAGAGUCGCCUAGACCCGUACCUCUGUGUUCUGGAGCCUGCCGCCCCCGCACGGGAAAGGCUUAGCUCGGGACUUGCAGCACCGCCUCCUCUUUAGCCAGGCCAGGCACGAGGAUAGUGUGAUCGGGCACAGCCAGGGUCGCUCUUCCAGGCUUUCUUGCGGGUUGCGGGAGGUACUAGUUGGAGACGCGCGCGCUCGCUCUCGCCGCUCUGUCCUGGGCCACUCCGUGAUCCUAGGCUACCUCCAGAGCCAGUUUUCCCUGGCUGGCACAACUCUCCAGGGCGCUCCGGUCCGUUGCACAGCGCCCCAAGGGGGUAUCCCAGUAAGUGAUGGAACUGGCUAUGGUGAACCUCAGUGAAGGGAAUGGGAGCGACCCAGAGCCGCCAGCCCCGGAGUCCAGGCCGCUCUUCGGCAUUGGCGUGGAGAACUUCAUUACGCUGGUAGUGUUUGGCCUGAUUUUCGCGAUGGGCGUGCUGGGCAACAGCCUGGUGAUCACCGUGCUGGCGCGCAGCAAACCAGGCAAGCCGCGCAGCACCACCAACCUGUUUAUCCUCAAUCUGAGCAUCGCAGACCUGGCCUACCUGCUCUUCUGCAUCCCUUUUCAGGCCACCGUGUAUGCACUGCCCACCUGGGUGCUGGGCGCCUUCAUCUGCAAGUUUAUACACUACUUCUUCACCGUGUCCAUGCUGGUGAGCAUCUUCACCCUGGCCGCGAUGUCUGUGGAUCGCUACGUGGCCAUUGUGCACUCGCGGCGCUCCUCCUCCCUCAGGGUGUCCCGCAACGCACUGCUGGGCGUGGGCUUCAUCUGGGCGCUGUCCAUCGCCAUGGCCUCGCCGGUGGCCUACCACCAGCGUCUUUUCCAUCGGGACAGCAACCAGACCUUCUGCUGGGAGCAGUGGCCCAACAAGCUCCACAAGAAGGCUUACGUGGUGUGCACUUUCGUCUUUGGGUACCUUCUGCCCUUACUGCUCAUCUGCUUUUGCUAUGCCAAGGUCCUUAAUCAUCUGCAUAAAAAGCUGAAAAACAUGUCAAAAAAGUCUGAAGCAUCCAAGAAAAAGACUGCACAGACCGUCCUGGUGGUCGUUGUAGUAUUUGGCAUAUCCUGGCUGCCCCAUCAUGUCGUCCACCUCUGGGCUGAGUUUGGAGCCUUCCCACUGACGCCAGCUUCCUUCUUCUUCAGAAUCACCGCCCAUUGCCUGGCAUACAGCAACUCCUCAGUGAACCCCAUCAUAUAUGCCUUUCUCUCAGAAAACUUCCGGAAGGCGUACAAGCAAGUGUUCAAGUGUCAUGUUUGCGAUGAAUCUCCACGCAGUGAAACUAAGGAAAACAAGAGCCGGAUGGACACCCCGCCAUCCACCAACUGCACCCACGUGUGAAGGUUUGCGGGAGCCUCCCGACUUCCAGCUCCCAUGUGUGUUAGAGAGAGGAGGGCGGAGCGAAUUAUCAAGUAACAUGGCAGCUUAUUCUCCACAGCAAUUCCUAUCGAUCCAACUACAUUCCACAGUGGUAAAAGGACGUUGAUUGUUCAGGGAACUCGUGGGUCUACUGAAGAUCAUUUUCCAAUUUCAUUUUACUCUAUAAUUGUAUAUAUGAGACAAAAGAAACUUCUGUAUAGUUUCUAGCUCUCAAGGAAUGAAAGUCCUACAGCACUCUGCAAAUGUUUUGAUCUCCAUGGUGUAAAGUAAGUUCUGUAAAGCAGAGAAUAAUAUUUGAAAUCCACAUUUUCAGGCCAGUUAAUAUAGGGAAAAAGUUCUUUUUAAAAAAAAAUUUGAGAGGAGAGGUAAUAGUCUAGUCUGUGCUUUGAAAUACAACUGUGGGCACAGAAUAGUGAUUUUUAUUUUAUUGAACCUUUGUGGACCGGCACCUCAUCUGAGUCGUGGGUGUCCAGAGGUCUGUCUGGGGAUGUGAGACCCAUCAAGUACAUCCUGGGAGAUCAGCGUUGACUCUACUACGAAACAAUCCUGUGAGCUGGGAGUUUAGGGUGAACUAAGAAACUCCAUGGAAGUCUGCCGAGGACUGCUGCAAACCUGUGUGUAGCUUUAAGGAUGCUUUUGGCAAAUGCGUUAGCUGCGUCUCCAAAGAGGAGAGACGUUUGAUUCAGAAUGAACGAAGACAAAAGUAUCCUGUGGGAGAAUAGAGACACACAGAGACAUGCUGCCUCAUGCAGAUUUGUACCAACAAAUGUCUAAGGAUUGUUUUCCCCAAAUAUUAUUCCAUGGAGCAAUGUUAAUUUAGAAUUAAAACCAUCACCAUGUGACUUACAAAUGUAACUUUCACAACAAAUUUCAUAUUUACUUAUACUUGCCAUAGGAAAAUGCUGUGAAAUUACUAAAUUGUCCUGUCUUAGAAGAAUAAUGUUUAGGUUUAAGACUUUGAUAAUAUUUUAGGAGGAGGGAAACAAAGCAAGACACUUUAAAAAAAUCAAAAAGGGUGUAUAUCUGUGCCAAAUCAGCACCUAAUUUAGGUUAAAAAAUGUAAUGUAGACUUCUGGCUCGUUAACUUUUCUAGCUCAUUUAUUUUCGUGACUAUUCCCCUGUAAAUAGUGUUUACAUUUGCAAUAGUCUCUGGAUGGA